AGGAGAGUGGUUUGGAUUUUGAAACCCACACAUGAGAAAUUAUUGUGAAGGCAUUAUCACUGAAAGAAGGAUUCCACAUGUGGAGCCACACAAGUGGAUCCCAAGAUGUUUCACUUAUGAGAUUUUCAGAAUACGGGAGAGCAUGAGCUGCAAAGGUCUGCAAGAGAUGAAGUUGGUCUGCUUUCUUACUUUCAUGAUAGUACUUGCAACAUCUUCUUUUGCGAAGCUUGAAGAAUACAAGCUAUCAGCCAAUCAGUCCAGCAUACUGCUGAACUUAUAUCAUGUUCACGGUGAUGCCUCCUCUCUCGAGCCAAACUCUUCCUCAUCUUUCUGUGAUAUACUCUCGCGUGAUGAAGAACAUGUUAAGUUUCUCAGUAGUAGAUUGCGAAAGAAAGAUGUCCAGGGUGCCUCCUUUUCCCGCCACAAAUCAGGUCAUCUCCUAGAACCAAAUUCAGCCAACAUCCCCCUGAAUCCUGGUUUGUCUAUUGGCUCUGGUAACUAUUACCUGAAGUUAGGCCUGGGCUCCCCACCCAAGUACUAUACCAUGAUUCUUGACACUGGUAGCUCUCUCUCCUGGCUUCAGUGCAAGCCUUGUGUUGUAUACUGUCACAGCCAGGUUGACCCUCUCUUUGAACCCUCUGCAUCUAAUACCUACAGACCCCUAUACUGCAGCUCCUCGGAGUGUUCUUUGCUCAAGGCUGCCACUUUGAAUGACCCUUUGUGUACUGCUUCUGGUGUGUGCGUGUACACAGCCAGCUAUGGUGAUGCAUCUUACUCAAUGGGCUACUUGAGUCGAGAUCUUCUGACUUUAACACCAUCGCAGACCUUGCCAAGUUUCACAUACGGAUGUGGGCAGGAUAACGAGGGUUUAUUUGGAAAAGCAGCUGGUAUCGUAGGGCUAGCCCGUGACAAGCUGUCAAUGUUAGCCCAAUUGUCCCCCAAAUAUGGAUAUGCCUUCUCCUACUGUCUUCCUACUUCUACCUCUUCUGGAGGAGGUUUUUUGUCCAUUGGAAAAAUUUCUCCGUCCUCUUACAAGUUCACGCCCAUGAUUAGAAAUUCUCAGAAUCCCAGCCUGUACUUUUUGAGGCUGGCAGCAAUUACUGUGGCUGGAAGGCCUGUGGGAGUGGCUGCUGCCGGGUACCAGGUCCCCACCAUCAUAGACUCUGGCACUGUUGUUACACGACUUCCAAUAUCCAUAUAUGCUGCGUUAAGAGAGGCCUUUGUAAAGAUCAUGUCCAGGAGGUAUGAACAAGCCCCGGCGUACUCCAUACUGGACACAUGCUUCAAGGGAAGUUUAAAGAGCAUGUCAGGUGCACCUGAGAUUCGAAUGAUUUUUCAAGGAGGUGCAGACCUCUCUCUUAGGGCCCCCAACAUCCUGAUAGAAGCUGAUAAAGGUAUCGCUUGUUUGGCCUUCGCAAGUAGCAACCAAAUUGCCAUCAUUGGAAAUCAUCAACAACAGACUUAUAACAUUGCCUAUGACGUCUCUGCUUCAAAAAUUGGGUUUGCUCCUGGCGGCUGCCGAUGAUCAGUUGUUUAAUGACUGAAUAAAGAACCAACAGCUGGAUAGACUGCUAUAGUGUUGCCAUCUGCAUGUAGGUUGCUUUUCGAAGUGAUAAAUCAUGUCAAAAAAGGGAGUUGGUAUACAGGAAUUGCUUGUGUGACAAAAUAAUAUUUGUACUGGAAUGAACAUGUAGAAUUUGCA